CAUCCUGCGGAGAAGAGCGAACACUUCUCCUUCUCUCUCUUCUUCUUCCCUCAUCCCCGCGCGGCCUCCCGCCUCCGCCUCUGCUCGCGAGCCACCCAUUUCCCGGCGACAGCGGCCUCCCUCCGCCGCCGCCGGCGAUCUGACACUGGCGCCCGCGCCACCGGCCGAGAAAGGAGCAGGAUGGAAGGGGAGAUGGAUACUGUGGUGGGUUCAUCAUCCAAGCCAUGCGGGCCGCUGACGGAUUACCGCAUUCCGGAUUACAUCCUGAGGCCGGAUGCGCAGCGGGUGCUUCUUGAUCAUGCGCCCCCGUGCCCCGUGCUGGUGUUCAUCAAUUCUGGAUCUGGUGGUCAGCUCGGGAGCAGCCUGAUCAAAACCUACCGUGAACUUCUCGGUGAAGCGCAGGUUUUCGAUGUCUCCGAAGAGGCUCCGGAUAAAGUGUUGCACCGUUUGAAUGUCAACCUUGAGAAGCUCAAGAUGGAUGGAGACAUUCUUGCUGUUCAAAUUUGGAGAACUCUCAGAAUAAUUGUUGCAGGUGGCGAUGGUACGGCAAGCUGGCUGCUUGGGGUAGUCAGUGAUCUCAAGCUUUCACACCCUCCUCCAAUUGCUACUGUGCCUCUGGGAACCGGAAACAACCUUCCAUUUUCAUUUGGAUGGGGAAAGAAGAAUCCUUGUACUGACCAAGAGUCAGUAAAAUCAUUCCUUGGGCUAGUGAGGCAUGCAAAAGAGAUGAAAAUUGAUAGCUGGCAUAUCAUGUUGAGGAUGCGAGCUACAAAGGAAGGUCCAUGUGAUCCAAUCGCCCCCUUAGAGUUGCCUCAUUCAUUACAUGCAUUUCACCGUGUGUCAAGUAGUGAUUCCCUCAAUAUGGAAGGUUACCACACAUUCCGUGGAGGAUUUUGGAAUUACUUUAGUAUGGGUAUGGAUGCAGAAAUUUCUUACGGAUUUCAUUCUGAAAGGAAGAAAAAUCCAGAGAAAUUCAAAAACCAGCUGACAAAUCAGGGUACAUAUGCUAAGGUUGGACUUAAACAAGGAUGGUUUUGUGCUUCUUUAAGUCAUCCAUCUUCAAGGAAUAUUGCUCAACUUGCAAGUGUGAAAAUCAUGAAAAGAGCCGGUAGCCACUGGCAAGAACUUAACAUUCACCACAGCAUUCGAUCAAUCGUCUGUCUCAACCUGCCUAGUUUCUCUGGAGGUCUGAAUCCUUGGGGCACACCUGGCACAAGGAAAGUAGAAGAGAGGGAGCUGACGGCACCUUUUGUCGAUGAUAGACUUAUUGAGGUUGUUGGAUUCCGUGAUGCCUGGCACGGACUUGUCUUGCUGGCCCCAAAUGGACAUGGUACCCGCCUUGCGCAGGCCCAAAGGAUCCGUUUCGAGUUCCACAAAGGCGCAGCAGAGCACACCUUCAUGAGGAUCGAUGGGGAGCCAUGGAAGCAGCCCCUCCCAAAAGAUGACGACACCGUUGUUGUGGAGAUCUCCCACCUUGGUCAGGUCACCAUGCUUGCCAACGAGCCCUGCAAGUCGAAGAGCGUCCAUGACGACCAAUCCUCCCACGCACAACACAGCGGCCAUGGCAACAACGACGACGACAAGGACAGCAUGGAGGACGAAGAUGAGUGGGAGGAUGGCAGGAGGAAGUUUGGUGCCGCAGAUACAUUCAAGAUCCCUGACGAGGUUGACAUUGCUCACCUCAGCUGAACUCAGAAUUGGUAUCUUUUCUAGGUUGCAUUCUUGAUGUUCAUAAUCUUCUUCAGUAAAGUGAUUUUUGUCUUCGAUUCCUUCAACAUUAUAAGAGUGGAAUUUAGUAAUUCGUUCACUGCAAAAUUUGGAAUGUAUAGACCAUAGGUUUGGAACAUCUAUAGUAGAACCCAAGUUGGUAACAUUUCUGAUUUCUUGUUUAUUGUUCAGCAGAAAUUUGUGUUAUUUUGGGAAGAAAAUAAAGUUAUUAAACUGUUGAUAUUUAUUUUUCUA